ACUUCCGAGCGCUGAUAUUUCCCGGGAACGCACCUCAGCACGUGCGAAAGGGACAGCGCUGGUAACCAAUCAGCGGCCGCGGCCCUCCUGCGCGCGUCAAUGGAAUCCGAGCUGGGGCAGGACCACGCGCCUCCGGAGGCUGGAGCUUGGUUUCACGGCCUCAUCUGCUCUCGUCCAAUUGGCGCAGGUGAUCCAUCUGAGGAUGCGAGAGGAGAGGGGAGGAGAGUGGGAGAUCUCCGGUGCUGAAGUGUUCGGGGCUCGGCUGCAGGAAGACAAGGAUCCCGGUCCGUGUGUGUCAGUCCCGGCGAUGAGAGAAGCACCGAAAGCGGCCCUUUGAGAUACGAUGUGUUUUAACUCUGGUCGGUUAUAGUACUAUGAUUUGGUAUGUGGCCACUUUGAUAGCAAGUGUAUUCAGCACCCGAGGAACGGCCGCUCAAGGUGCCCACGGAGUGCGAGGGGAGCCCCAGUUUGUGACAGCACGUGCAGGAGAGAGCAUCAUCCUGAGAUGCGACGUGUCUCAGCCCCUGAAUGGACAACCCUAUGUGGUGGAGUGGUUCAAGUAUGGAAUGUCAAUCCCUUUCUUCAUCAACUUUCGCUUCUACCCUCCUCAUGUGGACCCAGAAUAUGCUGGUCGAGCCAGUCUGCAUGGCAAGUCCUCCCUUCGGAUAGAGAACGUGCAUUCAGACGACCAAGGCUGGUACGAGUGUAAAGUUCUGAUGCUGGAGCAGCAGUAUGACAUCUUUCACAAUGGCAGCUGGGUGCAUCUAACUGUCAAUGCCCCUCCCACAUUCACUGACACACCACCUCAGUACGUCGAGGCCAAGGAAGGGGGGAGCAUCACGCUGACCUGCACAGCAUUUGGCAACCCAAAACCCUCUGUCAGCUGGCUGCGGGAUGGCAGCCUGCUGAUCACCAGUGCCAAGUACAAGGUUUCUGAUGGGAGUCUGAUGGUGCUAUCCAUAACCCGGGAAGACAGAGGAACCUACAUGUGUCGAGCCUUUAGCCCACAGGGAGAGGCCGUCCACACAACACGGCUGCUAGUUCAAGGCCCUCCGUUUAUCAUCUCACCACCAGAGAACAUAACGGUGAACAUCUCGCAGGAUGCCUUCUUCACGUGCCAGGCGGAGGCCUAUCCUCGCAACCUGACCUACAGCUGGUUCUGGGAGGAGGACAAUGUCUUCUUUAAGAAUGACCUUAAGCGGAGAGUCAGUAUUCUCAUCGAUGGUUCCCUCAUCAUUGCACAAGUGAAGCCAGAGGAUGCCGGGAAAUAUACCUGUGCCCCCAGCAAUAGCCUGGGCCGACCACCGUCUGCCUCUGCCUUCUUAACAGUGCAAUAUCCUGCCCGAGUGGUAAACAUGCCACCGGUCAUCUACGUGGCCAUUGGUCUGCCAGGGAUUAUUCGCUGUCCAGUAGAUGCCAACCCCCCUCUAACACUGGUUAAGUGGAAAAAAGAUGGCCUCCCUCUGCGGAUAGAUAAGUACCCUGGAUGGAGCCAAAUGGACGAUGGGAGCAUCCGUGUGGCAGAGGUGACAGAGGACUCCCUGGGCACCUAUGCCUGCAUGCCUUACAAUGCCCUGGGUUCCAUGGGGUGGUCUUCUCCUGCUCCCUUGGUGCUAAAGGAUCCUCCAAAAUUCUCCGUGGUUCCUGGAGGGGAGUACAGGCAAGAGGCUGGAAGAGAACUGGUCGUCCCCUGUGAGGCAGAGGGAGACCCUUUUCCAAACAUAACAUGGCAGAAGGUAGGAAAGCCCAGUAAAAGUAAGCACAAUGUCCUGCCCAGAGGGAGCUUACAGCUGAAGUCACUUACAAAGGAGGACCACGGGGAGUGGGAGUGUGUCGCCACCAACGUUGCCACAAGCAUCACUGCCAGCACUCAUGUCCAAGUCAUAGGCACAAGCCCCCACGCCCCUGUCAACAUCUACGUGGCAGCCUCCUCCACCUGGGUCAACGUGUCCUGGGAGGCUGGCUAUGACGGAGGCUUCCAGCAGACAUUCUCAGUCUGGUAUGGCGUUGUGCUGAAGAGGGAGCGUUUAGGUCCACAUGACUGGGUUUCCAUCCCUGUGCCUGGAGGCAAAGACUGGAUGGUAGUGCCUGGUUUAGAGCCAGAAACAGCAUACCAGUUUAGUGUUCUGGCUCAAAACAAGCUUGGCAAAGGCCCCUUCAGCGAGGUUGUCACUGUGAACACACUAGUAUUUCCUACCAGUACCCCUGAACCAUUGGUGCUGCUUACUCCACCACGGUGCCUAACAGCCAAUCGAACGCAUCAGGGUGUCCUGCUCACCUGGAUCCCACCUGCCAAUCACACAGCACCUAUCCAGCAUUAUGUGAUGGAGUUCCGUUUGGGGGAGCGAUGGGACAUCUUGGAUGACAGCAUUCCUGCUGGGGAGUUGGAACUGCUUGCUCGAGAUCUCAUGCAGGAGGCAUGGUAUGAGUUCCGCAUCAUGGCUGUAAUGGAUGGCAUGAUCAGCGGACCUAGUAAUAUAGUUGGAGUCUCCAGCACAGACUUCUUCCCCCCUCCAGAGCUGGUGGAGGAGCGUGGACUGACACGGCCUGUGGUGGCUGGCAUCGUAGCCACCAUCUGCUUCCUGGCAGCAGCUGUCCUGUUUAGUACAAUGGCUGCUUGCUUUGUAAACAAGCAGCGUCGCAAGAAGCUCAAGAGAAAAAGAGAUCCCCCUCUUUCCAUUACCCACUGCAGAAAAAGUAUGGAAACAUCACCAUCUUCAGGAAAGGUGAGUCCAGAGAGCACACGAUCAAAGGCCUCUCCAUCAGAAUCAUCUGAGGAAAGUCAUGAUCAGCAUGGGAAGAAACCACCCCUGAGUCCAGGAAAGGAGGAAUUAUCUUUAUACAAGAAGACCAGAAGAGCAAUAUCUGGCAAAAUGUACAGGUCAAACCAUGAAACUGAAGCAACAACACCAAUUGAACUCAUCAGCAGAGGCCCAGAUGGACGGUUUGUUAUUGACCCCAAUGAUGCACAAAUGUCUGUCAAAUCCCGGAGAAUUGAGGGAUUUCCUUUUGUGGAGGAAUCAGACCGUUAUCCAGAAUUUCGUCAAUCAGAUGAAGAGAAUGAUGAUCCUAGACCUCUUCCACCUGUUAUGGCCCCACUUCGUCCUUACCAAAUUUCCCCAAUCUCUAGUCAGGAGUCCUACCUUCAGCCUCCUGCUUACAGCCCUCAUUUCCAAAGGCCUUUUGAAGGCAUGACCAUUAUGGAGAGCAGUCAGCUCCAGGCCACAGGACAGAUUCGAGGUUCUCUUCAUCACAGGGCUUUUUAUGGAUAUCUAGGUGGUCCUGGAGAGCACGAUCCACCACCUCCAUUUUACAUGCCUGAUACAAGCCCACUGAGGUCUGUCAUGUCUUCUCCCCCAUAUCUGGCUGAGGGUCCUUUUGGGCACCCCAUGAUUCCUGAAGAAAUGGGAGAGGGUAAUUUUUCACAAUAUGCUGUCUCUGGUUUCCCUCUUCCACUGACACUUGCAUCUUCAUCUCACUCACCAGAGGUUUGGCAGGGACUAGAUUUCAGCUUUUCAAGUUUGGAGGGGCCUCAGUUCAUUUUUCCACCUCACCGUCCUGUGCAUCUCUACCAUGAACCCCCCUAUCCCUCACCUCCAAAUGUUUUUCCUCUUAGUGCUUUUCCCUCCUCUUCCCUUCCAAUGCCCACCUACCCUGCUGCCCGUCCACUAGAGGCCUCAAAGAGCCGUCCAAGCAAGUCUCCCAGCAAGGCCAAGCCUCUUGGCUCCCCAGCUAGGCAUUUAGCUAUGCAAGAGGUGCAUCGAGGGCAGCUGAGACGACCAGGUCCUGGUAUAAAUGUGCCAGUUCUGCCUUACAAUGAUCCACUAGGCCAUAUGGUCCCUAGCACAUUCAGUAGUCUGGACACACAAUGGUUUGAAACCACCCCUCAUUUCAGUCCCAGACAAGCUCAAAGAAUAGAUUCUGGCAUGCAUCAGGUGGUUCUCCAGCCCUCUCGACUUUCACCCCUCGCCCAAAGCCCUCUGAGUUCUCAAGAGGGUUCUCCAGAGGUCGUAGUACGACCCAGGCCACGAGCCAGCAUUGUGCAACCUCAAAUACCAAAAGAGAUGUCGGAAAUUACCCUAAUUCCUCCUUCUGCAGUCAGCUUCUCAAGGAGAUCAUCCCCAUCAUCUUCACCUGCUCAAGGUCAAGGUAGCAGGAAAGCAAGCCUCAGCAUUCGAUCCCACAUAGCUUUUUCCACCUCUUCAACCAAUUACCCAACGCCAUAUUCCGCAUCAUCUCCUAUGGAAAGCAGCAACUUAUUUGGGCAAAUGCCAACUCAAAGGAGGACACAGGAGGAGAUUCUUCCAUCUGAACCCUCUCCACCCCAGUUGUCACCUUCAGGCUAUCUGGGCAGCGUUGUUGUGACCAGAUCCUCUACACCACAAUAGAAAGCCUCGAGGUGGGACAGGUGCUCAUUUGGGGUCUGAGAGGAUUGAUGCUCUGAGAUACCAGCGAAAUAGAAAGACCAAGAAGCUAACGAUGAACAACAAUAACUCCAAGUCCAGAAGGAAAACGGGUACGUAAACUCUAUUGUUGUCACUUUUAUGCAAUGUCACAAUUAACUCCUAUUUUACACUGGAAGCAUCAGCGGCGCGGAGCAUCAGAGGAACGUCACUGCUUCAUAAUGAAUCAGUGACGUUCCGCUGUGACGUUCUAUGGGGGUGAGUCAAACCAGCUGUGAUACAGACAUUUUCAUGCGCGUCCCAGAAGCAGCUCACCAUGCCGCUCCGCUACAGAUCAGAUGGGGUUCUAUUUUAAUGAUUAAAAUGGGACACGUCAAUUUCCGCAGUUCACAUACGGCUAGACAGGAUCGUAGCUUGCGACAGAGAAGGCUGUUGAUGACUUAGCGUCCAGGAGAGAACAGAGCAUGUCUUGGCUAGUAGAAGCUAACCCUUUUCAUUAGCAUCUUCACAACACAGAAGAACUCACUGAAACAAAUUUCCUUUACAGUCAGCUGUUUUUUUUCUCCUUUCAAAAAAAUUCAAGAGGGAUGUGGUUACUGCUUACAAUCUGUGAGCCCGUGAGCUUGCAGAGUCCACACCAAAUUAUUGCUGCAGCACUGGCAUUUGUAAUUCCACAUCAGCAGGAAAUCCAGAAUUGUUUAAAAAAAACUUUUUGUUCAUAAAAAUUGCCCUGCAGUACCCACAUUUGACCACAGGCUGUUAUUUUUCAUUCUUACAUUAUGCACCUUUAAGUAAGAAUCAGUCCCCUGUGACUGGUCGAGUCAUCAAUGGUAAAAUUAAUCACAUCUGGAGGGAGUCUCAGAAGCAGGACGUAACCAUAAUGCGGAGUCCUGGUGCUUGUCCUGUGGCGGAGCCAACUGGACAAAGCUUGCAACUGCAACACCAGGGGCGUAGCAAGCUUUUUUAAAGUGUGGGUGUUGAGAUUUCUAUGAGUCCAGUUUUUAUUCCACCACAAGGUGUGCAUCAGCACCAAAGAGCAGACAUGAAAAAGAUCAGAGGUGAAAAAGGUGAUAAGUAUCAAACCAAUUUAAAGGGGUCCAGGGGCAUGGCCCCCCAGAAGAAAAUUGUGGACAUUUUAUAUUGAAAAGCAUCAGUCUGGUGCAUUCAGAGAAAAAAGUAGAGUUACAGGCUGGUGAGAAUGUAUGAUAAAGUCUCUACACAUGUUCACAGCAUUAUAAUAAUAUAUUUGAUUGAUUAUUUAUCCUGCCCUGUCUUAAUUCAUUUUGAGCACCGACUACAGCAAAAUCCUCUGAUGCAUCCAUGCUGCUCAGUACCAGAACUGUACUGAUGUCACAAGUUACUAAAAUAACCAAUCAGCUGGCAGAGCUGCUACUGAAUGUGUGAUCGUGCAAAACUUGCAAAACUAUGUGACUCAAUUUAAGGAACAGAGUAGAGUCUAGCUGCUGUUGUUUAUUUGUUGUUGUUGUUUAUAGAAACUAAAUCUAUCUGCAGGGCUUUAGGCCCAGGGCAGAGUUUUAUACCUCAGACUGACCCGCUUUAGAUCCAGACCUGUUAACAAUAAUAUCAUGUGUUCUUUACACCAGCCAGAAUAUUCAGUAAGGUUCACAGACAUCCAAACCUUAGAAAUGAAAUAAAAUCAACAUUAAAAUGAAAAAUGAUUAAUAUUCUUUUUCAUUAAAAGAUCAGUUUUCUGUGAACACUUUUUAUAUUUGACAUUGUCCAGCUUAAGCAGACAUCUGCUUAUAUCAGAGCUGAGCUGUGGGAGAAAGUAUUCAGGCUUAUUUAAUCUUAUUUUCCAUCAUCUUUGGGUUUAGUGCAUUCACUUGAUAUUAAUUACAAAUUAUAAAAAACAGGUCGCUAGUGUGGGCAAAGAAAGUGUUUCUAAGAGCUAAAGCUUGUUGGCAGCAGCUCACCUGUUCCUUCCACACUGACAGGAGAAAUCCUCUCAUCAGCAGCCGGUGGUCUACAGAGUAAUAUGACUGAACCUCUCAUUGUGAUGAACCACAUGCAAGAUGUUAAGCUGUUAGGAAUAAGAGUAAAAGCUGCAUUCUACAGGGUAUCCGCGGGCCCUUAAAAAGUCUUAAAAAGUCUUAAAUUUGCUUUUCCAAAUUUAAGGCCUUAAAAAUCCUUAAAAAUGACAAAUAAUCCUUAAGUACAGUUUCCAAAGGUCUUAAAUUACCAAAGACCCAAUAAACAAAAUUAUUUUAUUUCUGUAAAAUUUUCGUGAAUUUCUAGUUAGUGUUCAGCAUUUUUUGUGUAUGAUGUUGGCGUAAGUGGAACCGUACACAUUCAGUUGGUUGUGAAAGGGGGCUAUUUUUAAAUGAGCACAUUAGCUGGUUAAGCUAGUGGGAGCUUGCGCCAAGGGGAAAUGCAAGUUUAAUGGUAACUGGAUGGCUAAUCCCACAUUGCAACAUGGUUAGGACCGGUUCCAGGCAAUAGCAGGAAAUUAUAGCAUAAAUUUAAUUUAAAAAAAUUCUUUAAUUUGGUCAAAGUGGCCUCAAAAAAGGUCUUAAAAAGUCUUAAAUUUGGCUCCCUUAAAUCUGCGGAAAGUUGAAACCGGAUUAACUGAGCUCUUUUCUUUUGACAAAGCUAGAAUUCCCUUUUGGGAUACUCCUAUCAUAAAGCAAUCUCACCCGCUCUAUUCUUGGCACUUUCAAUUCAUUCCAGAAUGAGCCAUUUCAGGGCUCUGUCACUUUAAAGGUGCAUUAUGUAAAAAUUAAGGUAAAAUCACAUCCUGUGGUAGAAUUUGGUUACUGCAACCACUUUAAGCAACUCUGGAGCUUUUUGACUGCCGUCAUAAAAUUACUAUUUUUAGUGUUAACUCACAGGAGACAUGGCAACCCCACACUCACUGAUGGUAAACAGUCGUUACGUCACUUCUUCCUUUGUUUUGAAAGGAGAAAAACUGACAAUCCAGCAGCCAGCUGAAUAUGAAACAUGUUUCUGUAGAACCUACUUUCCAAAAUGACUGAAACGUUAGACUCUUUUGGGAUUUUCUCACUGUAAAAUUCUCACUAUAUUCUUACAUACUUCACCUUUAAUGGACAUAAGCUUUUACUGGCCACACCCACCCAUAAUGUGAUUAGCUGCUAUGAAGGUCUCAGAGUAGAACUGCUGCUGUUCCUCCACGUCCAGAGCAGAAGCCUCCCCAAGUUUCCACAGGUGAGAGGGGGUUCAGAACUAAGUUCCCAUGUGACAUCACAUUAAGGGUGGUUUUCAAACAGCUUAUAGAAGCAAAUAAUUCCUGAAACCAAACUGACAGAAAACAGAUGGGAUGUGAGUGUUAACAGAGGCAGUAGAGACCCACAUGGCUGCAAAGCAUUUAAAUUUGUGUUUUUAUAAUAUUUCCCCUUUCUUGUACUUUGAAAGUACAUUGAAGUACUUGAACAAAUAGUGUAUAUAUAGCGCUUACUUGUACUUAAUCCCCAGUUUCACAUGAGUUUAAAACUUAAUAUGACCAAGAUAUUUUGCAUGCAGACAAGGACAACAAAGUUGUAGGAGGGAAGGGCCUGCUUUUCUUUGAGUUUGGCAACAACUAUCCUUUAGUUGUGUAUCCAGUCUGUUUUAAUGUCUCUUUCUUCAAACUGAGGUUGUUUAAAGAGUUAUCUACAACAGGUAAGAUCUUUUCUAUUCUUUUUUAUCACCUGGAUGAGUUUUGACCUUCCAGUGGACUCUGAGUAUAUUUUUUUAUAUCUAAAGGUAAAGCAACAGGAUAAGUUACCCCACAUAGCCCGAGGCCAUGGUUGUGUGUUUGGGAAGGGCCCAGAGCUCCCCAGGAGGGGGUGCAGCUUUAAACGCAGAACAGAGUCUAAACUCUCAUAUGUGAGCCACUGGCCCGGUGUAAAGACUAGUGAGUAAAACCCCGUCUGUCCUACUUCAGGUGUCUCCACCUCUCAGACCCAGCAGGCCUACACCUCUCAGGUACUCCAGCCCGAAGAAGCGCUCUACCUCCGCAAGAAGAGAAAACGACCCAUUCUCCACGAUCCCUAUACUCGCUUUUCUGCUUUGCUGUACCGCCGUCCCCCUGAGGAGGACCAGAGGGCCAUUUUAGCUAGCGUGGACAACAUGGACCUAGAUCAUGCCACCUUUCUUUAAAAGCAUUUGGAGACAAAACCAAGCCAGUGAUUGAGUCCCAUUUCCAUUCCACAUUAGUUCAGCUACAGUACAGUUGGAAAAAACCUGAAGAUUGCUCCAUUUAAAUAUUACCAGACACACAAUAUUACUAUAGCGAAAUCCCAUCUAAUGUGUUCUAAAGCUUCACCCCUUGUUGAGUUCAGUUUGCAUUAGGAUGCUGUUUUUAUUUAACAACACUGUUGAUCUUGUGAUACAAACUAAAUAUAUAUAUAUAUAUAUAUAUAUAUAUAUAUGAUUUAUGAGAUUUAUUCAUUUGCUUUUCUGGUAAGUUAAAAAUUGGAAUUAUAAUCGUCUUAUUUUCAUCUCUGUCAGGCUAAAACAUUUUAUCUCAUGAGUCAUCAUUUGGAUCUUUUACACGAGUCAUGUCUUGUGACACGGUUACGUCCUCAAAAGGAGAUGCACGGUCUGACAGCGAUGUUUCAUUACUGGUAAUGGAAAUGGUGAAUGGGAUGGGCCUCCCAAAGCGAAGUAGUGGUUCUACAACAGGUUCUGCCGUAAUCUGGCUGAUGUGGACAACUGGUGCUUUUAAGGAUGACUAAAGACAUAACCGUGUUCUCCACAUGUUAAUAAAUCGGUUUGUUUUCCCCUUUUAUACGUUUUUAAAUACCAAACUUUUUCCUGUGAAAAGUGACUUUUCCAAAAUUUUUCCUCCAGUGCAAAACCUUAAAUUUACAUGAACGGAGCGGACAGCUGUUUCCCCUAAGCCACCUUAUUAUUACUAUUAUUUUAUUUAUUUUUCUUUUGCUUUUCAAAUAAAAAUCUUCAGUCCAAGUACAGGAACCUCCAGCAGAGACACGUCUUGUCUAUAUGGGUGUUCUUACUUCCUACCUCAGAGAGCACAGGACACGAGACCACACAACCACCUCAGCCUGCUGAACAGCUUUCUUUCACUUACAUUUAAAAAUUCUCUCAUUUUUUAAAUGUUCAUUGUUUGCUAAAGAAAUGUAUGUAACUUGCAGAAUGAAGCUCUGUUGCAAGAAGAAAACAUUUUCAUUUAUUUUUUUUACUGAAAAUGCAGCAGUGAGUUUGGCGUUUGAUUGCACACAAAAGUUGGGAUUCAGCUGCAAAAUAUUGUAGUUUUUGUUUGUUGCCAUUUCAGUUCUCUUGAGCUUAAAGGUGCAGUCGACGUUUCUGGAAAAGCAGUUCAAGCAAGCUGCAUUUUGAAAAUAAAUUAUAAUAAUUCCAACACAUUUUUCAGGCUCCCCUCUAGAGUCACGGAAUUGAUGGUUGCAGAAAACACCGGCUUGCGACACACAUGCGCUAGAAUUACCCUUCAGGUCAAAGCGUCCAGAACCAACUCUGGACCGAACAUCCUCCCACUCCCUUUGGAUGAGUUUUUCAAGGACUGUACGUCUCAGAGGUGAUUCAGUUAUUCCAUUUUUGAUGAAGCAUUUAAAUUACUGGUUGCCAUUUUAAACAAUAUGGCAAAACACGCUGUACAAAAACAUGUCAGACCGCACCUUUAAUGUUUCCCUCAUUUGCACUGGAGCAAAAUCUUGGUUUACUUCCAUGAUUUUUUUUAUCUCCUUUUCUUCGAUUUGGGUUGUGUUGAAAGACAACCUAUAAAAUCUGAUACACAUUUCUAUUUUGUGCCAUAGUAUGUUAUAUUUAUUUACUCAAACCCUGGAAGAGCAACGUGUGUGUGUGUGUGUGUGUGUGUGUGUGUGUGUGUGUGUGUGUGUGUGUGUGUGUGUGUGUGUGUGUGUGUGUGUGUGCGUUGUAUUUUUUUAGGGUUGUUUUUAUGAUGGAAUUUCUCAAAUUCAGUCAUUUUAAAUAUAUCAGCAACAAGGAAUGGUUUGGCUCAGAUGUUCACUUUGGGUAUGUUGACUCGUUUUACAUUUCUGACUUCAUGAGUAACGAAGGUGCCAUAACUGAGCUGAAUUAUGCACUGCACCAACAGCUGCUGCAUUCUUCAAUCAGCACAGAAAUCCAUGUUUUCCUGUUUCAGUUUAACUCAAGGUGCUCAGUUCCCUCACAAAGCAUAUUCACUGCAAAGAUGGUAACUCUGGUGUUAGCACUUAUGGGGUUUGGCAUGUGUGUGUGUGUGUGUGUGUGUGUGUGUGUGUGUGUUUAUUUCUGAUUUUAAUGGUGGUUUCAGCCUGCCACACCAGCAUGGCAUUUGGAAACCACGUUUGACUGAUAGAAAUGUGUCUGCUGGCCAAUGUUUCCAAAAUGCCCGCUGACUGAAGGAGCAGUUUUCAAGUUUCAAAUCUGAUUUAAAUCUUAGACAAAAAUGCAUGUUUUAUUCAUAUCAAUUCAACAAAGCUGUGGUCAAAAAUGUCCCUUUUCUUCAUAAACAUGAGCAGAAAUAAAACCACAAUAUCUGAGACACAUCUGAUCUAUGAUCUAUGAUCAGAUGUGUCUCAGGCUAUGCGCUGAAACAAAAUGUAUAGUAAAACUAACUAAACCCGCAAUAUUGUCACAGCUUCUUAAGCUAACUUCAUAACUUGUGUGAAAACGAAUCAAGAGGAUCUCAUUAGUGAUAAAUCUACCAUGAAACCACAGACACUAAUGAAGGACUGGAUCCAAAGGAACGGCGUCAGCACGUUUCGCCGUCCCACCAGCAAUGGUGUCAAAUAGAGAAAGUCAGAGGUGCUAAUUAAACUAUGAUUUGAUGCCGACUGAUCCUUCCAGUAAACAAAACCGUACAGCAGAAUGAGACAGUUAGCAUUGUUUUUUUUUUCUCAUUUACCUGAACGCCUAGAAUUCUGUAUUAUACUUUUAUCUGUAUAUUAGUUUUCUUCUGCACUUUACUUAAUUUUGAUUCAAAUCAGACUUAACCUGACUAAAAGAUUGUGGUGAGAUUCAGCAGGCAGGUAAACAAGCUGUUUAUGGACACCUGAAUGGAAGGACAGCAGGAAAUACACAAGAUCCAAACUAAAGCUGAGUCUGGUGACGCAAUAGUUGCAUCCUGUAGGAUGGACAGAACACCUGAUAUUGUAUCAAGACUGUUCAGCUUUAAAUGUACAAAUUUACUUGCAGAAGAAAGAAAAAAUCUUUGACGCUGUAAAUAAUAUCUCAAAUGAGCAUUGUGAUAUAAUUAUAAAUAUAAUUUGUAGAGAUAAAUCUGAGAGAACGUAGCUAAUCUGAAGAACAUAGAAGUGGUUUUACCUUCGUUAACACGCUCUAACAUGAUGUGACCCGUCUCUAGAAUGUACCUGAGUAAUAACUAAAUGCUAGACAUUAGUCUACAGCAGCAUUUCAUGUCAUAUCAGUUUCAGAUGAGAAUAUCAACGAUAUAUAGAUAUAAAAUAUUUAUUUAUAUAACAUAUCUAUUUAUUUAUAAACGCACGCACAGAGGACUGUACUUACUUUCAAGACUGUAUCAGUAAAUAUUACAUUAUUUUUAGAUUACUUUCUUACGUGCUACUAUAGUACUGCAGAAUUUGUUCUCAAACUAUAUAAAUAGUUGAGUUUUUUAACUAUGUAUAAAUGGCAGAGGUGCACCUACCUGUUCUUCACUGUGUAUGUUUGUGACCUGCAUUAUAUGACUAAUCAUAAUGAUACAUUAUUGUUUAUAUAUAUGCACGUAUGUAUGCAUGCACACGUGCAUAUAUACAUACGGUUAUGUACCAUUGUCCUAACACCCUGCUUGUUUGUUUUGAUUCUUUUGCGUACUUACAGCUGUGGUGUUUGAAAUGACUGGAAUGAACAAACUGCUGUUAUUAUGCUUGUGCUGUUACGUUCAUGUUAGUUCAGUACCAGAUGCAGUGCUUCUAGAUGCAGACAUAAGGAGAAUUAUCCAGAUAUCCAUCAUUUUAGUUGCAAAUUACAGCUCAACGUGAAUCUGUUUUGGCCUUUUGCUCGGAGGUCGAGGUGAGCAUUGCAGCAGCCGCUAAAUGUUACUCCAAGCACUUGAUUCAAUGCUGAAAAUUGCCAAAAAAAAAAAGUCUAUCAAACACACAAAACAUAGAAAAGAUGAUUUACAUUUUGACAACUGGUGCUAUUUAAACAGAACAUCUGUGGUGCUUUUAGUUUCUUGCUUCAGGCAAAAUGUAGCUACAAAAUCUUGUACUGUACCGUAGGUCACUGUUGGGUCAGUCAGUAGACCGGAUGUGCUAAACUGAGUCUGGAUUAUUUUCAUUUUCAUUUGUCUGCUGCUUUUUCAGGGAACUCAUCAAUCAUUGACAUCAACAUUUAGCGGAGAAGAUUCUAAACUGAAGAACACUGAAAGGAUAUUUAUUAUAAUAUAGAUAGUUUUUGGGCAGUGUGUCAAGUUAAACCAUGUUGAUGGUUGCUAAUAGUAUUUACAGAUUGUUGAUGGGUUCAUAACAACUUUUGAUAUUAGGCAUUUAAAUUCUUCAUAGUUUUUCUUACAAGUCAAAGAAACAAGAGUUUCUUUGUGAACAUGGUUUAUAGUAGACUUUGAAAGUUCCAAUGUCUCUCCUGAAACUGAACUACUUUUGAGCCACUGAUGGGUGCAGCCCAGAGAAAGCAUCAAACGUGGUACGAUCUGAUCAAAUCUAUAUUUUUACGGGUUAGUUUCUUCUUUCAGGUUUACUUUUCAUCAAGCUAUUGUUUUCUUGUUUGUUUGUAGGGAAUGCAAUACAAGUAGAAGAGGAACAAACUAAAUCUGUCUCGACUGUUCUGUCUUCCUGAGAUGUAUCGAAAACAAAAUGUCUGUUGUUGUUUUUGACAUAGACAACUCUGUACCUCAAAAACAUCUUCAUAGAAGUCUAAAGUUCACAUGUUUCAAACCUUUCAGUUGUAAAUGUUCUAUGACUGAGAAGUGCUCAUGAUGCUUUUAUAUUUGUUUUUGCACAAUUGCACAACACUAACAAGAAUGUAUGGCUAUUGUAAACCACUCUUCCCUGAAAAUUGAAGGCAACUAAAUUUGUCAGUGAACUAUCUUGGUAUGCUUGCUGUAGUUGUACUGAAUGGUGUAUAUUACAGUCAUUUUUAUUUAUUAAAAUAUUUACAUUUUUUAA